GUGAGUACCGCGCAUGCGCAGCGCCCGAUAGACGGACACCGAGUGACAGAAACAGAGCGAGGAACCGGCCGGUAACUGUGCCCGAACACACAGGCCGGACCGGGAGAGGCCACCGGACUACACCGGCCUCCGACAGCGAGGGUUCGGGGCGGGCAAGCCAGCGGGAGAGAAGCUAAUGUGUGCUGCACUGACAGGCCACACUCAACUGUUUAUUACUGGCCGUCCGCAUAUACAGAGACACUGCCUGCUCGGCCCAUCCUCUACCACACACACACAGAGCUCCCAUAACUCCCACACAGAGCUCCCACACUGAGCUCCCAUAACUCCCACACUGAGCUCCCAUAACUCCCACACUGAGCUCAUAUACUGAGCUCCAACACAGAGCUCCCAUAACUCCCACACAGAGCUCAUAUACUGAGCUCCAACACAGAGCUACCAUAACUCACACACAGAGCUCCUAUACCGAGCUCCCAGACUGACCUCCCUUACCAUCCACACUGAGCUCCUAUACUGAGCUCCUAAACCAUCCUCUCACUGAGCUCACAGUCUAAGUCUGUAUCUACCAUCACAUCCUCUCACUGAGCUCCCACACUCUGUUUCACACACACACUGAGCUCCUAUCCUAGCUUUACACACUGAGCUCCCACACUGAGCUCCUCCAACCUUAGCUUCACACACACAGAGAGAUUGUCUCUCCAAGCCCAGUCUCAAGGUUCACACUGAGCUCCCAGGCUCUCAUCCAGCCUGCCCCAUCACUGUGAGCUCUCAGACAGUCUCUAACAUCCUAUUCUCCCAGCAUAGUCUUCUACUGGAGCUCAAACUGUCCCCUCUAGACUCCACAUCCUCUCAUUGUCAGCCCUCUGUCUCUCCAUGAACCCCCUUGUAUGACAACUACUGGGGCUGGGCCCCUCCCCAAAUCUGGUUACAGCACCCUCUUCCUCAGGCCUUUACCCUUCUCUGUUGGGUCACCAUGGGGGAAACCAAGGUUAUUUACCACCUGGAUGAGCAGGAGACCCCGUACCUGGUCAAGCUGCCCGUACCCUCUGAAAGAGUUACCCUGGGAGACUUUAAAGGUGUUCUGAACAAACCCAACUACAAGUUCUUCUUCAAGUCCAUGGAUGAUGACUUUGGUGUGGUAAAAGAAGAGAUUUCCGAUGACAAUGCAAAACUCCCAUGUUUCAAUGGAAGAGUUGUAUGUUGGCUUGUAUCUGCUGACGGCUCACAGUCUGAUGGAGGCUCUGUCUGUGCUGAUCUCCAGUCUGAUUUGCCUCCACAAAUUGAGAGGACCGGAGGAAUUGGAGACUCGCGACCCCCGUCUUUCCACCCAAACACGCGUGGCAGUCAGGAGAACUUGGACAAUGAGACCGAGACAGACUCUGUUGUGUCAGCGCAGCGGGAGAGACCAAGAAGAAAAGAACCAACAGAACAUGCUCCCAGGCUAAAUGGCACAUCUAUGCUUGAAAGGCGCAGAGAUACUGGAGGGUACGAAAGCUCAUCCACCUUAAUGAGCAGUGAGCUGGAAUCAACCAGUUUCUUUGACUCCGAUGAAGAUGAUUCCACCAGCAGGUUCAGUAACUCUACAGAGCAAAGUAGUGCAUCGCGUCUAAUGAGAAGGCACAAAAGACGUAGGAGAAAACCUAAAGCUCCUCGUAUAGAGCGGUCCUCUUCAUUUAGCAGCAUCACUGAUUCUACCAUGUCUCUAAACAUUAUCACAGUGACUCUGAACAUGGAGAAAUAUAAUUUCCUCGGUAUCAGUAUUGUUGGACAAAGCAAUGAACGUGGUGACGGAGGCAUCUAUAUUGGGUCCAUCAUGAAAGGGGGUGCUGUGGCAGCCGAUGGGAGGAUUGAGCCAGGAGACAUGUUAUUACAGGUAAAUGAUAUCAAUUUUGAGAACAUGACAAAUGACGAUGCAGUGAGAGUCCUAAGAGAGAUUGUGCACAAGCCAGGACCCAUAACUCUCACUGUUGCCAAGUGCUGGGAUCCCUCACCUCGUGGUUGCUUUACAUUACCUAGAAGUGAGCCAAUUAGGCCUAUAGAUCCAGCAGCCUGGGUGUCUCAUACAGCUGCCAUGACUGGUACUUACCCACCUUAUGGUAUGAGCCCCUCCAUGAGCACCAUCACCUCAACUAGCUCCUCCAUCACCAGCUCCAUCCCAGAGACUGAACGUUUCGAUGACUUUCACUUGUCAAUACACAGUGACAUGGUGACUAUUGUGAAAGCCAUGAGCUCUCCAGAAUCUGGCCUGGAAGUAAGAGAUAGAAUGUGGCUGAAGAUUACCAUCCCAAGUGCUUUUAUAGGUUCUGAUGUGGUAGAUUGGCUUUAUCACCAUGUUGAAGGAUUCACAGAUCGUCGAGAAGCUAGGAAAUAUGCCAGCAACCUCCUAAAAGCGGGAUACAUUCGUCAUACAGUCAACAAAAUUACUUUUUCUGAGCAAUGUUACUACAUCUUUGGAGACUUGUGUGGUAACAUGGCAAACCUUUCCUUAAAUGACCAUGAUGGCUCCAGUGGAACAUCUGAUCAGGACACACUGGCUCCUCUUCCACAUCCUGGAGCAGCUCCUUGGCCCAUGGCAUUUCCAUAUCAAUACCCUUUGCCUCAUCCUUACAAUCCUCACCCGGUAUUUCCAGAACCUGGGUUCAGCUACGGAGGGGGUAGUGCUGGCAGUCAACACAGUGAAGGUAGCCGAAGUAGUGGCUCCAACCGCAGCAGCACUGAAAAACGGAAAGACAGAGAAGCCAAACCUGGAGAAUCAAAGUCUGGGGGAAGUGGUAGCGAGUCAGAUCACACCGCACGAAGCAGUCUGCGAAGAGAUAGAGCAGCCAGCGAACGUUCAGCCCCAGCAAGUGAACACAGUCUUCGAAGUCACCACUCCAUUGCACACAGUAUCCGGAGCCAUCACACACAUCAGUCAUAUGGCCCCCCAGGAGUACCCCCUCUCUAUGCCUCUCCAAUGAUGAUGAUGCCAGCACCCUCUCCUACCAUGGGGCCUCCUGUAGCCCCUACAGGUCGUGAUCUAGCUUCCGUCCCACCAGAACUCACCGCUAGUAGACAGUCCUUCCGCAUGGCCAUGGGGAAUCCCACAGCAAAGAAUUCUGGGGUAUUUGAUUUUCUCUGAGCAAGCUGCCAGAGGAAGUGUAUGAACACCAUUCGGAGUGUCACUUUCUUGUGAGCAUGUCAGAACAGCACAGUGUAUAGAUGAGGAGAUUCCGCUGCCACAGGAACAUCUUAAAACAGGAGAAGAUUCUGCCGAGGGGAACACCACAAGCCUUACAUUUUCACAAUACAAGAAUGAAUAUAACCACGGAGUGCCACAACACAUCACAUUCAGAAUAUAAACUGAAACAAAACAAAAUUAUACUUUUUUUUUAUUUUAUUCAAUAUUCAUAUAACAGUACUGCUGUCACAGCUCCAUGCUCUAAAAAUGUUACUUAUUUUUGGAUUUUAUUUUCAGAUCUUAAGCAGCAUAAUGUAUUUUAACUAUCAGUCUGUACGGCCUGCAGCAUAUUGCUCUGCAUUAUUCUUAAAUUGUUUAGCAACAUGUUGUAUAUCAUUUUGGCAUGAAUGGAUUAUAACGUCUCUCCUUGUUGCUGUCCUAUAACAGUCCUACUGUAUUUUCCUUGCAUUUUCCACACUGCAGCUGGAUGUUCUUCUCUUCUAUUACCUGGGGAUGAUGUCCCAACAAUGGUGCUAGUAAAUCUAUUAUUCCACAAACAAUAAUAUUCUGUACUACCCUGCCAUCUUUCCCCUUCUCCCCCUCCCAGCAAAAAACAAAACACUAAACUAAAGGCACAACUGGGGAUAGAUGCAUUGCACAAAUGUAUACAGAGUGACUUUAAUGUGGUCUCUGCAUCAAAGCUUUACACUAACUGACAGGCUGAUACGUGAUCCCAAGAACAUAGUAUUGUGGCAGGAAGUUGGAGUUCCUUUAGUAUCUGAUCAUCACAGACACUUCCAUUAAAGCAAGUUCUGCUCUCACUUUGUUGCUCAACAUUCUUGUAUGCUUCAGAGUGAAGCAUUGUGAUCCAGCAUUUGAGUGUAAAUGCAUUCAGUCUUCGAGCAAAUACCUGGUAUUACUUUUAAUUUUAUUAUUUCUUUUCCCCAUUGCUUUGUUGCACUGAAAUGUUUCUGCUGCAAUAAAUCUCCACUCAAGUUUA